CGUAAGUGCAAAUACGUCAGCGAUGUUGCUUAGAGCGUGGGUUUCAUUUUGUGUAAUAUUAUUCUUCCCUCGCGCUCUCGCUCUGGACUGCGUUUUACACGAUUUCGAAUCUGUCCAAAGCAUCACGAAGACCUGCACGGAUAUCGUCGUCGACAAUCUUUUCGUUCCUGCCGGCGAAACCCUAGCUUUAAAUUUACUCAACGGCUCCACUCUCACCUUUAAAGGAAAUACCUCUUUCGGUUACACAAACUGGCAAGGAUAUUUGGUGAAAAUCACCGGAAACGGACUCACCGUUGCGGGAGAAGCGGGUUCCUUCUUGGACGGUUUGGGACCACUCUAUUGGGACGGGAAGGGCAACGGUGGGAUAGAGAAACCGAAGUUUAUAGAUUUUUCGGUAACCGAUUCCGUAAUAAAUAAUCUCUACGUGCUCAACUGCCCGAAAACUUGCAUAUAUUGCAGGGGGUGCGACAAUGUUACAGUCACUAACCUCACCGUGGACAAUAGAGCCGGAGACGAGAAUGUGGCGCCACCAAACCAGUACGGACAUAACACGGAUGGCUUCAAUCUCCACCAAUCAAAUAAUAUUGUUAUAAAAAAUGGCACAAUAUUUAACCAGGAUGAUUGCGUAUGUGUUUUCGAAGGAUCCAAUAUUUCCGUAUCUGAUAUGUACUGUCAUGGUUCCCACGGUUUGAGCAUUUCGCUGAGUUCGGGUGUGGUCGAGAAUGUUUUGUUCGCGGAUUCGGUAGUCGAGGACGGUGAAAAUGGUAUCCACGUCAAAAUUCACAUUCCCGGGGAAUCGGGAAUAUUAAGAAACGUCACAUACAAAAAUAUAUUUAUGAGAGGUAUCAUUGAUUAUGGAAUCGACGUUCAACAAAACUACCCAGAUAAGUAUGCUCCUCCCGAGAAUACGAUUCCGAUAUACAAUUUGAACUUGAUCAAUGUGACCGGAAGCGUUAACCCCGAAGCAGUACCAAUUCAAAUACUGUGCGCCCAAGAUGGAUGCUUCGACUGGAAUUGGUCGGGAGUGGACAUUGAGGGAAAUGUCGCCGCUGAUAAUUGCACGAACUACGUACCUCCCGGAUUUCGUUGUUAGCCUGAAGAAAAAUCUAAGAAAUGUACCGAUUAUAGAGAUUGUUUUAAUAAGUUUUGAAAUGUUUGUUGCUAACGCGAGCUAAAACUAAAAGCCAAUUUUUGUUUAUUUAUUUACUUUACAACACUGUCCGCGAUAAAAAUCUUACCAACGCACUGUUGACGAACAUUAUCGUCGUUUUAUCUACUACAGUUCUAUAUUUUCUGUAAUAAUCGUGAAAAAAGUCGUUUGAUUUUACUCUGGACACUAAAGAAUUAGAAUUAGAAGAAUAAUCUCUCAGUUAGAUUGUUCAUCACAAUAUACAGGGUGUCGUAUUCGAAAACACGAAGGUAAACGUUGAAAAUAGAUACAGGGAAAGGCACAGCA